UCGUACCUGUUCAGGGACCUUACCUCUAGAUCUUGUAAACGAAUGUCGCCAUUUGUUUCUAAAACUUUUGACAAGGCUUACAUUGGUUUGUUUUUUUGUUGAAGUAUGACCUCGGGGCGAAUAUUGUCCGUGAUAUUAUUUCUCUCUCCCUCUUUCUUCCCCUUCUCUCCAUAUUGUUAUUUUCCUUGUAGACAAAGUUAAAAUGGGAUGAGAUGGCUCACCGUGUAAUUCGUUCGGAAAAAUGAAAAUCGUCGUUUUAUAUAACUUCAGGUUUGAGGGACAAAAAUACACCAGGAUAAGGCUCCCAGAGUUUAGGAAGGUCCGACGGGGCCGAUUCCAGAAAAUAGUUCUGUUGUUUGUGUUUUGUCUUUUCUUAUCUUCUGGAAUUAUUAUCAAAUCGAUGACUGACAACGUAAUGGAACCCACUAGCAGGAAAGAGUCCAACAAAAUGGAAAAUUUCUAUAAGACAACUGAGAAAUGGAGAGAUGUGUUUCAGUGCCGCGUGAAUGUUCAGAAAUCCUCAACGAACGUGCGCUCUUUUUGGACCGAGGGCUACAAGAAUCCUUGUUUCCGAAACCAAAGGAAACAUUUCAAGGACCAUUCCCCGGAACUUCUUCAGUGCGUCCCGUACUUUUUUGUGAUCGGAUUUCCAAAAUGUGGAACCACGGAUUUAUUUGACCGGUUGUCUCACCAUCCCGAGUUUUUAAAACCCGCAUUCAAAGAAAUUCAUUGGAUAUCCAGAUACCGUUUUAUUCCCCCGAGGACCGAUAGGUUAAAGUUUAUAGCGAUGAACAAAACUUAUCGAACGAAGGAUUUUGAUAACGGCUUCUUUCAAUACACGAGGGUAUUUUAUCCUAUGGUACUCGACGUGGAAGUGGAGAAACUGUUGAAACAUCGGAAGAAAAUAGAAUACAGAAAAAUCACAGGCGAUUUUAGUCCAUCUACAAUUUGGGAUAAUGACAUUUACUCAGCUUUGCCCAAUAAUUUUAAUUUGAGUGUUCCAAGAUACAUGACUGCAGACUUCGUGAGAGAAAUGAACGCAUGCGCAAAGCUCAUAGUAAUGAUGAGGGACCCUGUUCAAAGGUUAUAUUCAGACUAUCUAUUUUUCCAUGCCGUGAACAAAGGGCCCGAUGAUUUUCACAACAAAGUUACAGCUGCUAUCAAGCUGUAUAACAACUGCAUUGACCAGAAAGGCGUGGAAGCGUGUGUCUUCAAUGCCCCACUUGCUAAAACAGUUCAGGUUCGUUUGCGCAUUGGUAUGUAUGUCAUCUACAUCAAACAAUGGCUGAAGAGAUUUCCUCGGGACCAGUUCCAUUUUGUACGACUAGAAGAUUAUGCUGCACAAACAAGCCAUGUUCUUAACGGCAUAUUUGAUUUUCUACAAAUUGGACCUGUUGAUCGUAAAACCAUGACAGCAAUGGUCUUCCAGAACCCCGUGAAUACUCGGAAAGUUAACGUGGGCGAAAUGUUGCCGGAAACGAUGAAUAUUUUGACUGAUUUCUACGAACCAUUCAACGAACAACUUGCUGAACUGUUGGGUGAUCGCCACUACCUGUACCAUUUAUUUUGAUUUCAAAACAAAUUUCAGAAGAUCUUCAGUGCGAUAUGAAGGACCAACUUUGUCUCAAACAAUUGCUAUAAGCUUUUCGUCGUCUGCUACCAAGACCUCUUUACUUACAACCAUUCAUUAUUUUUGACGUCUAUUUUUGUUAAAAGCAUUUAACUGUUUAUAACCUUAUAGUUCCUUUAUGUAAUUUAUUAGAUUUAUCAUUAGACAAGAACAAAUAGAUUUCAUUUGUAUAAAAAUAAAUUUAUCGCUUCUUCACAUAGAAACGAAUCAAAUUUUAAACCAAUAUUGUAUGUUCAAUACUGUUUACUUUUUAGUUUGAGAACAACACCAGUAAUCAUUGUUUAAUAUGAAUAGAACCUGAUGAGAGUAUUUUGACAUAGAGCAACAUUCUAACUCUCGUUGAGUUACAUGUAAUAAAACACCAGAAGGCUA